AUGUCUGGAGUUACCCCCAAAGCCCAGGACGACCAUGUCGCAUCGAUCGAACAAGUCGAAAGAGGAGGGGGGGUUCAGGGAGUCCAGGGGGCUCAACACCCUCCGGAAGACGAAGCGCUCGAGCUGAUCAACGACCUUGGACACUCGACCCUCCUCACGCCGGAGAACAAUGCCCGUGUGCUUCGCCAGAUCGACCUUCGGCUCCUCCCAGUCAUGCUGGGUAUCUACUUCUUGCAGCAGAUGGACAAGUCGACGCUGUCGUACGCCUCGGUCUUUGGGUUGAUCGAAAAGACACACCUGCACGGACUGGAGUACUCAUGGUUGGGGUCGGUGGUCUACGCCGCCCAGCUGGUCUCCCAGCCGCUCGUGGCAUACCUCCUGGUCAAAGUGCCCCUGGGCAAAUUUCUGGCCGUCUCUUGUCUCGCCUGGGGGAUUGUCCUCUCGUGCAUGCCGGCUGCGAAUAAUUUCCCCGGCCUACUCAUGUGUCGCAUGUUUCUCGGUGUUUGCGAGGCGGGAAUUGCCCCUGCAUUCAUUGCCGUGACGCAGAUGUGGUAUCGACGACGUGAACAGCCGAUUAGACUCGGAUCAUGGUAUGCGAUGAAUGGAGUGGUUAACAUGGUUGGCAGUCUUAUCACGUACGGUCUGGGGCAUAUCAAUUCCUCGGUCUUCGCUCCUUAUCAGAUUAUUUUUCUGUUCUUUGGAUUGAUCACUGUGGGCUUCUCGGCCUUCAUCCUUUUCUUCAUGCCCGAUUCCCCGCUGAAAUGCAAGUUCCUUAAUGAAGAAGACAAGCUCAUUGCUAUCGAGAGACUCCGCAUGAACCAACAAGGCAUCGAAAGCCACCACUGGAAAUGGGACCACGUUAAGGAGGCCGCACUAGACCUCAAGUCGUGGCUCUGGUUUUCCCUCAUGUUCUCGAUUUCCAUCCCCAGCGGCGGUAUCUCCACGUUUGGUGCCUUGAUCAUCAAGAACUUCGGCUACGACUCCUUCACCACUAUAUUAUUCAACAUCCCCUUUGGUGCCGUGCAGCUAGUUGCGACCAUGGGCGGUGCCUGGCUGGCGACGAAGCUCAAAGUCAAGGGCCCCAUUCUCAUUUUCCUCUGUCUGUUCCCCAUCGCAGGCUGUGUGAUGUUGCUGCAGAUUCCGCACACGGCGGCUAACCGGGGAGCGCUCUUGGCCGGUUAUUAUCUUAUCUCUGUAUAUCCUGGAAUCACCCCCCUGGUCUACUCGUGGUCCGCAGCCAAUACCGCGGGCGAAACGAAGAAGAAGGUGACGACAGGUAUAUUCAUCAUAGGACAGUCUGCGGGAAAUAUCAUCGGCCCAAACCUGUACACUACGGCCGAAGCACCACUGUACAGACGUGGACUGAUUUCAAACCUCGCCCUAUUCUGCGUUCUCAUCGUUCUCUGCAGUAUGAACAUGGCGUACCUCUUUUUCCUCAACAAGAAACACGAAAGACAGCGCGUGGCCCUCGGCAAAUCAAGCACUGUCAUAGAUGCCUCUAUGGACGCUGUCACACACCAGGAUAAGCAGAAUAGUACCCUGCAGGCUGUGGCGGAGGAUAAUGUGUUCAGAGACCUGACAGAUCUGGCGAACGAGGAUUUUGUCUACGUAUACUAG